GCACCACCACAACAAACCGCAGCGCCCACACCAAUCAGCAGUUCUGGAGGAGUCACCUCUCCCGGAUCAGCAACUGCACCCCCAUCAGUCACCUCUGCCUCCGCAGCACCUUCCCAAACACCUGCCACCACCUCCUCUGGAGGUUCCUCAACAUCCCCUUCAGCCUCCUCGGUCGCCAGUAACAAUAACACCUCCAACACGGGGCCCCUUCACAUACCUGCUAAACGGUUAACGUCAGCAUAUGGGGAGUGUCCUAAUGUUGAGCCUGGUGGAGGUGUAAUCAGACACUCGCACCACGGGACGCAGCCCUGGAACUACAGCCCCGUGGAAAACCACCACGCGGCCGGUGCCACUGCCUUCGAGCCGGCAGGCGGCCUCAACCACCACCAGUACAGCAACGCGCCCACGUACUACAACCUGGCUGCAGAACCCACACCGGGUAGAGACGGUCGCAAGGCGGCCGCAGCGCUCAGCUUCUGGUCACCGGCAGCGACAGCUGCUGGGGGUGGUGGUGGUGCAAGUACCGGGGGUGGUGGUACAACAGGGGCCGCGACGACUGGGGCACCCGGGGAAUAUGCCAAGUACAGUACCACCGGGUCGGUCUCGUCCGCAGGAGGACCCAGUUCGGACCCUGCGGUGUCCAGUUCGUGCCAUCAGUCGUUCUCGGCGGCAGCGGCCCAGAGCUGGUGUAAUUACUCACCGUACUCAACGGCGGCGGCCACAAGGCACCACCACCACGUGGUGGACACGCACCACCACCCUCACCACACCCAGCCCGUGCCUUACCUCAACCCUGCGGAUGAAGGGAGAAGGGUGGCAGCUGCGGCUGCAAUGGUAGCGGCCGAAACUGCUGGGUUCACUCACGAUGGGUAUGGGCUGAGGAACUACGCCCCUGAACCGGUACCUCCCACACCGUACCCACCACCAGGUUCCCUGGCCGGCGUCGGGAUGGGGGUCGGCGUCGGUUGUGGCGCCGGAACCAACCCUCUGGAAUGGACUGGUCAAGUGACGGUCCGGAAGAAACGCAAACCUUAUUCCAAAUUCCAGACUUUAGAACUGGAGAAAGAAUUCCUGUUCAACGCUUACGUGUCCAAACAAAAACGGUGGGAACUCGCGCGUAAUUUAAGUCUGACGGAGCGACAAGUGAAGAUCUGGUUUCAGAAUCGUAGGAUGAAAAACAAGAAGAACAGUCAGCGCCAAGCAGCGCAGCAGCAAAACAACAACAACAACAACAGCAACGCCAACAACCAGAACCAUCACUCGAGUAGUCAGCAUCACCAUGGAAGUCACCAUACACAACAUCAUGUGGUUGCAAGUCAGAAUCACCACGGAGCUACUGCGGCCACCAACGGAACAGUAGCUGUGAAACAUCAUCAGUGACCAAUGGCUUUCUCUGGAGUUGUCUUUGGCCACCACCACGAGUUCCACCAUGGAGUUGCCACUUAACUCUUUAAAAUUAUGACUAGUUGAAUCAAGCAUAAAGGAGACGUCCACACAAACACUCUUCUGUUUAUAAAUGGCAAGUAUCUAUGUACCUUUUCAGUCUUGAUCAACAGUCAUUCAAGUUUUCUCUGAAUUUGAUAACCAUCUCAGUGUUAAUGCAUUAAUUUGGGCAAAAAAUUCUUUAGAACAUAAUCAAGUAAUAUCUAGGCGUGAAGCGUGCUCAGCGUUAGGAUCUUACAAUGAGUUAUGGACUGCUCCUUGUAUAAAUUAAAGUUUUGUUUAUUACAAUUCCAAAUCUUAGUACGUUAGCGAUUCCAAAAUAUAAACUCUUUGUAGUUAAGAUACAAAGAAAAAUAUGUCCCUAAAAGGAAAUAUUGCAGAGUUUGUAAUUUUUAAUUAAGCCUGAUAAAAUAGGAAUAUAACAGGAUGAAUUUACACAAGGAGGAAAUUUAUUUUAAUGAAAUAAUUUUAAUUACACACACAUAUUAAUUUAUAAAGUCACAUUACAGUGUAAUGUCAAAUUCCCAGAAAAUAGAACAUGUUAAUUCGGAUUAAGUUAAUUGAGAUUAAAUUUUGUAUAACAGUGAAUUGCGAUAAUUGAUUUGUUACCAAACUCUACAAAGAAUAGCCAGUUACAAUUAAAUUCCAUUUACAUCUAUUUUGUACUUUCACAACCAAAAUUCCCCACUGUGUAAGAAUCCACCUGCCAUUAGAAACUCAAACCCUACAAAUUUCCUAUUAUGAACAAUAAUUUUAAGAGAAACAUUUGCUAAUAAUGAAAGAUAAAAUAUUCUUAAAGUAUUAAGGCACACAUUACAAGCCGCAGGACAGUGGAAUAUGUUAAACUUUGUGACAAAAAGUUCAGUAUAAAAUUUAAUUAAUUACUGAGAAUGCGUGGGUUUUCUUCGAAGCUUACCAAUAAAUAUCUCCUUUGUAUGAAGUGGUAGUUAUGACACAAUAAUGAAAAGUAAAGAAAGGCCCGUGGUAAAAUCUGUGAGGUUGAGGAAAAUUUUGCUCUUAAAUAUAUAAAAUCAUGCAUACUAACAAAACUGUUUACAUUUUGAAAAACACCUAGUGCCAAACGCGU